AUGGCUGGGCAAAAGACAAAGGCGCGGGUGAAGAGGCGGGAGGUUGAGAGUGGGGAUGGGUGGACGGUGAUUACGCAUGGACUGUCUAAUCUCAAAGUCCGCGGGGAUGAGAAGGAGAAUGGGAAGGGAAAUGCGAAGGGGGGGAAGAAGAGUGUCGCGGGUCAGGUGCCCAAUAGUACGGUCAAGGACCUGACGGCGGAGAAAUUGCUGGCUGAGUUUGAAAUAUUGCAGGAGCGUUGGAAAGGGUGUCCUGUUGCGAGACAGAUGCAGGAAUUGUUCAAGAAGAGGGAAAAGGUGGUGAAGACUGCGGUGUGUAUCGGCAUUGGCAGCUUCGCAAGGGAUUGGGAGCAGAGGUGGAGGAGUUUAUGGCAACUCGUGGCUUUUGUGCAUGUUGUAAGGCUUCUCAGCGAUGACAACGGUAUCACGACAUACGCGCAAGAUCCUGCGUUUACGACGUUGGACAUGGAUUUUCUCAAGCUGCUCGACAUCACGACGGUACAGACGGGAAUCGAGAAGCACAUUUCGACUGAGAGCUUUGUGUUCAGUCCGUUUGUCGAUUGGUUCCUCCUCCUACCCAUGUUUCUGAAGGAAAAGGACCCAGCCGUGUACGUGGGCAACGAGAUCCUUGACGACUACACCACAUACGCGCAGACCGCGGAGAAACAAGCGAAACUAGACGAGUGCAACAACAUCGGCGCGACAUUUCUCUUGGGCCGGGAGAAGCAGAAACUCGUUGAUUUUGAAGGGCAUGCACAUGCAUUGAACGGAAUGGUGGUUUAUUUGAAAGAAGACGAGGAUGGGGAGGGCGACUAA